UAUAUCGUUAAAAAAGCGGCAACAACACAAAAAAACCUUACAUCACUAAAUAACCAAUUCCACAUGUUUAAAAGUAAUUUUACAAAAUGAAUCGUUAUUUAUUAGAAAUUUCCUAUAUAGGAACAAGAUUUCGAGGCAUACAAAAAACAAUAAAUAAACUAGAGGAGGCACGCUUAGACACCACAACAAUACAAGGCUGCAUAGAAUUGGCACUGGGUGUCUUUAGACCAGUUAAUGAAAUACAGACGGUAUUAUCAAGUAGAACUGAUGCGGGUGUCCAUGCUUUACAUUCAACUCUGCAUGUAGACUUACAACGCUAUGAUGGUAAUCCUUAUGAUGUUAAGUCUAUGGUGGGUGUUUUAAAUCGUACUUUAGAUAAACAGAAUUUGGCGAUACGUGUUUUAAAUACUAGAAUUGUACCCGAUACUUUCCAUUGUCGUUACGACGCUUUGGCCAGAACUUAUUUGUAUCGCCUUGCUGUGGCCAAAGAAGGCAUUAGUGAGACAGAAGGUUUGAAAAAUAGAAAUUUUGAAGCCUAUUUACCAGUUGAAGAAUUAGAUCGCUGUUAUUUUUUACAAAAUGGUGCUUUCGAUAUUGAACGCCUAAAAAAAGCUUCACGCAUGCUCUUGGGUCGUCAUGAUUUUCGUACAUUUAUGUCGGUAAGUCGUCAGAAAGGGCCGUCGCGUGAUCAUCCCAUGUUCACGGUACGUAGUAUUGAUGAAAUCAAUAUAAGACCAGGAAAAACAGCAGCAAUUGGUCCCAAUGCCAAACUAGCUGAAGAGUUUUACGACUAUUGGGAUAUUGAAAUAAAAGCUAGAUCAUUUAUCUACAAACAAGUGAGACGUAUGGUGGGUGCUCUUGUAGCGGUGGCUACAAAUCGCAUCACUGAAAAGUGUCUAUAUGAAAUGUUAACUAUACCCUCUAAACAUAAUUGGGAUCCCCGUAUUCUUUUGGCACCAGCUUUCGGUUUGUAUUUAUGUCGUGUGCAUUAUAACGAAAAAGAUUUGCAGUUCAAAGAAUAA